AUGCCUACUAUUCAAUUACAAAACUCCUCUCAACCUGACUUCACCUAUUUGCCUGACAGAGUCAACUACAAGAACAGAGUUGCUCGUCGCUUAGCCGAGGAACAGCUUGAAAAGGAAUUGCCUGAAGGUUUUCCUACUCAAUUGGAAGGCCCCAAGCUCUGGAAAGGUUCUGACUAUGAAGGAAAGGAAUCUGAAUGGGUCUAUGAACUUACAGAACAAGAACUCAAAGAAAUCGAUGAUGCGGUUCAUGAUUUUGAAGCUACCGAGAAGCCUUUCUCUGAAAUCAACAAGGAGACUUUCCCUUUACCAACAUUUGGCCCCAAGAUCAAGGCUUUGACCGAGGAGAAUGUAGUCGAAGGCCGAGGAUUUAUUGUUAUUCGUGGAUUGAACCCUGACAAGUACACUCGUGCACAGAACAUUAUUGCCUAUACUGGUGUCUCUGCUUACGUUGGAAAGCGUGGUCUUCAGGGCCGCCAUACCAUUGCACACAUCAAAGACCUGGUUCCUGAAAAGGGUUUGGAUGAAAUCACCGCUCCUGCUUUUACCAACGAUCAUCAAGUCUAUCACACUGAUGCUGGCGAUAUCAUCUCUCUCUAUGCCAUUGGUGUUGCUGAAGAAGGAGGAAAGUCUCGCAUUGCCUCCAGCUGGACCGUCUAUAACGAGAUUGCCAAGACUCGCCCUGAUCUGAUUCAUACUUUAUCUCAAGAUUGGCCCUUUCAGACUGAUCUCAACAAGGAAAAGGAGCCCUACUUUUUGCGUCCUCUUCUUUACUACGUUGACAACAAGUUGAUCAUUCAAUAUGCUCGUCGUAAUUUCACUGGUUUCGGCAAAAAUCCUCGACGUGAGGACAUUCCUCCCAUCACCGAGGCUCAGGCAGAGGCAUUGGAUGCUCUUCAUUUUACUGCUGAAAAAGUAAACUUGGGCGUUGAUUUCCAAAAAGGAGAUAUUCAAUACAUCAACAACUUGUCCAUUUUCCAUGCUCGUGAUGGUUAUACUGACAGCAAAAAGAACACCCGCCAUCUCCUGCGCCAUUGGCUUCAUCCUGAAAAUGCUUGGAAGCUUCCUCCCCAAUUGGAAUCUACUUGGAACCACAUCUACCACAAUGAACGUGAGGAAAUCUUUCCUCUGGAGGCUACGUUCAGACUUGUUUAA